AGUCUUGGCUGGGACUUUUUGACUCUGCUUUUCGGCGGCGCAGCGCAGUCCUCGAAUGGCGGCCGCCCCACCGCGGCCUGCUGACUGGCCAUGGUUGUUGUCGUUGGCUGCCCUCGUUUCGCUGAGGCCCGCUGAAGGGCGCUUGGGCGUCGCCACCAUGCUGACUCCGUCAAGCCUCGGCCCGUUCAUCGGCAGCAAUGAAAAAGUAUUGGUCGAUUUCGUGGACCAAACGGACCCGAAUUUUGCUCAGCUGUCUGGCGAGAUGGACGCGGCUGCCAGAAAGAUCCGCGACCUCGGCUGCAAAGUGCCAUUUGUCAAGGUCGACGCCAGGCAGGAUUGGGCGCUUGCAGAGAAGUAUGUACCCCAGCUGAAGUUCCCCCAGUUACUUUGGUUUGUGCACGGGCAGCCAACUAAAUACCACUACGCCAUGCGUAAAGAGAAAGACAUUGUGGACUUCGUGUUGGCUCUGGACCGCGACCCAAUUGAGACGGUUCAGUCCGAGGAGGACAUCCAUAAAUACGAUCGCGCCAUCUACGCCCAGAUGCCGAAGUCGUCCCCGCACUUCAAGACCCUCGAGGUAGUUGCUGCGCAGCACAUGGACACCGUGGCAGUGCUCCACAGAGAAGCAAGUGGAGAGAAUGUCACCUUCAUGUCAGAAAGGCAGGGCGAGCAAAGCAUGGGUUACGACGGCGAAUUUACGGCUAGCAGUCUGGAGCGGUGGAUCCGGAACAGGCUUACGAAGUCGGAGCCGAUCCCGAGGUCCCCAGACAUGUAUGGAGGUUCUCUGAUCGCAGUGGGUCACACGCUGGAGGAGAUGGUUCUGCAGCCCUCGACCCCGCCGGCGGAAAGGAAAGACGUUUUCUUGAUGGUAUACGCUUCGUGGUGCGGCUACUCGCGGAAGUUCAUGCCCGUCUGGGAAGAGUUCGCCAUCCGGGCGGCGAAGGUACCGCACCUCUCGGUCAUCAAGAUGGACGGGUCUUUGAAUGGCUCGCCUCUGAAAGACCAGGGUUUUCGGUGGGAAGCCUAUCCCAAAGUGCUGUUUCUCCGGGCUGGAGAUAGCACGCCUGUUGCAUUCGAGGGGGAUCGUUCCGUGAAGCACCUCGCCGCCUUUGCCAACGAGCAUGGCAGCAAGGUUUUCGACCUCGAGAGCGAGGUGGACCAGAGCCGCUUGGACAGGGCGCUGCGCAUGGAGGACGAGGCGGAGCUGUGACCUUUGCCCCGUGAGGCUCGUGGCCACCGGGCCUCAGACGCAGACCCGGUGAGGCUCGUGGCUCGCCUGACGGGGCUCGCGGCCUGCACUGCCUGCGGCCCGGCCUUUCCCGCCCGACCCCCCUCAACGAGCCAGAAGUGUACCCUGGUGGCGCCCGCCCCCUGCCGUGCACGGGCGUUUCCGAGCAAGUGCCCGCGGUGGCCAGAGCUUGUUCUCGUUUUCGCCUCGGUCCUCCCUCCCUCGCGUAGAAACGCAAGGUGUUUCGACUGAGUAGCCGCGAGCAGUUGACAUCUCUAGACACCAGAACUUGUCGCGACGGCGGGCGACGCGCUGCGCUUGCUAAUGCUGAUGCUGAUGCUACUCUUUCCGCCGCUGCUGCUGCAGCUGCUUUCCAUGCUCCUCCCUGUCCUGCCCGUAACUUAUUGUCAAUCUGCAUAUUGGACGCCGACUCUGUAAACUCUUGGUGUGCAGGUUUGUUUUCAGACCGCCUUCGAAUUCCGCUCAUUGUCCCGGGAAUUGAUCUAGAUCUUCAGUGGGUCAGUUAACCCGGUGACCGCUGACCAGGCGGCGUGGGUCAGUUGAGCUGGUGCUUCGGCGGCGUGGGUCAGUUGACAUGACCAGUUGACCCUGCGCCCUGGCCUACAAGAGGGGGUGUCUAUUUCCGCGCUCGUUUUCUCCUGCGUUGGGUAUUCGUUUUGAAUAGAGCACUGCGGUCUCCACCUUCCUUCCUUCCCGCCUCCUCCUCCUCUCUUCCCU